AUGAACAACCCUUGGGCCACAACCUGGGAGCAGCCAGACAAUCAGCCAAACAAUCGCAAGACACCCAUCCCGACACCGUCCUGGAACUAUACCAUUGGAAAUAAAACUCAGGAUCAAGAGGAAGAUAUAGGACUUCCAUCAUGGUCCGCAAGCAACGAUGCACAAUGGCCAGAAUCAUCUCACACCAGCGACGCUCUCUGGACCUCUUCCAUCGACGACAGUGGCGUGUGGGGCUCUUCGACGUACGCAAAGAUAAACCUUUCUCGUCGGAGAAUAACAGAAGCAGUUGUUGAUUCAGAGACUCAAGAUGAAGUCGUAUGUCCCGUACCCGCAGCCAGCGAAGAAGACAACGUUGUAGGACCUGCUCCCCCAGAUUCCGUAGAGCCUCACCUAGUGCCACCAACAGUCGAUCUUACUCCCCAAGUUCCAGACAGCCCUAAUGUAGAUGGUGAUUUUGAAGCCAGCCCGUCUGUCAAAGGGGAAGACGAGGAAACCGAGGAUGACAGUGAAGUAUGGGCAGACCCAAUAAACCUCUCAAUAGACGAUGGUGAUGAGUGGGGUGCCGCUUGGGUGGAUACAUCUGCAUCGGAGGUAUCUGUCGGUGCUGAAGAGCCACCAGAUGAAUGGGAAUCGGCGCGACAAGAGAAAGAGAAGUUGAAUCGUGCAGUGCCUCCAGAAAUGAUGGCAGCUCUCGUUCAGAAGUGCCAGGAAGUCUCUAGUGAGCUCUGGCCAGGGACGGCCUCCGACUCGGAUACUAGCAACUGGAGGACUGGUGUUGAUGGACUUGAGAACAUUGCGGUUUUAUUAAACGACUUAAUCCCCGAGGACAUGGCUUUGUCCCCUCCAAUGCAGUUCUCACAGACAGCCACUGCAAAAGAGUUAAAUAACGCGCUCAAGCUCACGAGGCAUAUGCCUUUGACACGUAAGAGCCCAAUGGCCCUCCUCCUUAGUUCGAAGGGAUCAACGGACUGGGAGAAAUCAGUCAAAGCUAGGAAAGAUAUUCCUGUGGACGAUGCUCCAGUGGGGUGGCGAAUCCUAGAAAAAGACGAACGCGCUACUAUUACUGAUGCAAGUCAUCCAAAGAAGCCUGGUGCAGGACUGCUCUCGUUCUGGAACCGCAAGGCAUCAUCAUCAAUACUUUCUGCAGACGCAAAGGUGGAAAAUGCGCGACCACCGUCUAUACCCGCGCGUUCUAGCAUCGAUAACACGAAGCCCCAGGUGCCAGAUAAACGUGAUGUUUCUCCCGUUCGCACUCCAACCGUCUUCGUACCUUCAUCCCCAGUGGCCAGCUCAUCCGCAGUUCCUGAUGUCGUGAUUCCAACGGUCACACCUGCACCAUCGGCCGUUUCGCGCUUUCUGAACCGUUUCUCACGUGCCAGAGGUACUGGAUCUGAGCGCAAGUCUAUUGCUCUGUCAACAGACGACCUUGAUUUCCUUUCCGAUAUUGUGCCAAGUGCACAUGACCCCGAUUACGACACGGAUGAUGCCCCGCUGAAAGCGCUGUCGAGUUUGAUAAAUUCAAAUCCAGCACCAUUGCCUACAAAGCUUCCACCCCCACUCGCACCACCACCAAAACCUCCAUCUGUGAACGCCAGCCGACCUUCUUCCGUCGGUCUGAGUGGCUUGGGCAUUACGCUGGAGCCUGCGCGUAGUUCUCCGCAUCAUGCUUCUGCUCGUGCUCUAUCGCUGCCGCCACCAUUGUCCCCAGUGACGUCAGAGAUGUCGUUCUCGCGUCCUCAUAGCCCGGCGGUACCUCCAAAACCAUAUUCACCAAUUAAUACAACUUUUUCUGCUUACACCAACCCAAUAAUACCAGCUGCAAUAUCCUCGCCACCUCAACCAUCUUCAAGAACGCACUCGCCUCUUCAACUUCCUCCGCCACCCAAGGCGCCUUCUGCACUUUCGAUACCACCACUCCUGCCACCCCCUGUCUCACCGCCGCAGACACCACGGCCCAGCGUGCAUCCCAUACCGGGAGCUACUCUCACAUCAUUCCCAAACACCGGCUGGGCAGCAGCCGCAUUUCAGGAUGAUGACGAUGACGAUGACUCAUUCUCCGCUUUCUCAACCCUCCCUCGCGCAGUUCCCUUCCCAGCACCUCGCGAGUCCAUAGACUCAUCUCUCAAUUCACCAUCCUCUGCACAAGCACUGAACUCCAGCAAGUCAUCAAAUUCGAUGUCUUUCGACGACUUUGACGACUUUGUGACUUCAUCACAGAUCCGCACGCCCUCCCCGCCGCCCGUCCCAGCAAAGCCCUCAAAGAUGGUUGGAGGAGCAGUAGCGGCAAUGCCAAGCUCGCGGCCUGGCACAUCUAUACACAUACGCACUCAGAGUCUUCUCGAACAUGCUGCCACACAGCGCGGGCAGUGGCCAUCCCCACUGAAUGCGCAUGCCAGCCACCCCGUGCUGCCACCACCACCAUCUGCUUCUCCGUCAUUUGGUCGGGAUAUGGAUCUGUUGAGCGAUAGUGGCGCAGUGCUGUCGGCGCCGAAGUUUGGGACACCGCCACCGAAGGUGCAGUCUACGAUGGUACCUCAGUUGUCGCCGUCCCCGCCGCUUGCGCCGUUGCCCCAGCCGCUAUUGUCAUUUGCAUCGUUGUCACCGUCGUCGUCGCGAGCCGAGAGGCCGCCUGCGAAGCCGGUUCAGACGGGUGGGCUGACUGCACAAGAUCUGUCUUUCUUUGAAGGGUUGUGA